AUGAUUUUGAUUUUGCUGUUACUUUUUACUCUCUCCUAUAUUAUCAAUUUCUACUGGAAAGUUUCCAAGUAUCCAAAAGGCCCAUUUCCUUAUCCAGUUGUCGGAAACUUGUUGCAAUUCCCACAAGAACUAUUUCAUCUAAAAGUUGAUGAAUUAUCAAAGAUUUAUGGACCAUGUUUCACAGUUUGGAUGCCUCUUCCAAUUGUUGUUUUUGCCGAUUAUGAACAUAUCAAAGAAGCAUUUGUAACACAAGGUGAAUCAUUCACCUAUCGAUCACAUCUUCCACCAGAAAGUCUUCUUCAACCACAUGAUCAAGUUGGAAUUUUAAUGUCUGAUGGUGAUAAUUGGAGACUUCAAAGAAGAACUUCACUCAAAAUUUUAAGAGAAUUUGGAUUAGGAAAAGGUUUAAUGGAAGAACAAGUAAAAGGAUCAAUUGAGGAAAUGCUGGAACAAUUGAAAAAUAUCGAGAAUAAAAAUGAUGUUGAUAUUCAUUGGCCAAUUCAAUUAUGUGUUGGAAAUGUUAUCAACGAAACUCUUUUUGGAUAUCACUUCAGUUACAAAAAUCCUGAAAGAUUUGUUGAAUUUGUAACUAUUGUUUCAAAUCACAUUAGAGAUUCCAUUGUGAGUUUUUUCUCAAUUUUGUUCUAAAAAACUAUUGUUUUUGUAGAAUAAAGCAACUUUAAUGCUUCAAUGCUGGCCGUGGAUGAAAUAUCUUCCAGUUUUUGGAGAAUAUGCAUAUCACAGAAUUAAACGGAAUAUUGAUAAAUAUCAAAAAUUCAUCGAAGAGGAAGUGAAUUCUCAAGCAAAACUAUUUAAUGAUUAUGAUGAGCCAACUAAUUUUGUGCAUGCUUAUAUGCAACAAAUGAAACCUGAUAAUGGUUUAGAUAUGAAAAAUCUUUAUGCAUCAGUAUUAGAUUUCUGGUUAGCUGGAAUGGAAACAACUUCAAAUUCACUUCGUUGGCAUAUUGCUUAUAUGAUGAAAUAUCCUGAAAUUCAACAAAAAGUUCGAGAAGAAAUUCUUUCAGUUGUUGGAGUUUCUCGUCUUCCAACAAUGGCUGAUAAACCAAAUAUGCCUUAUACUCAAGCAGUUAUUCACGAAGUUCAAAGACACUCAAAUAUGGUUCCUUUUUUGGCAAGUCAUAAAUGCGUUGAAGAUACAAUUAUUUGUGGAAAGAAGAUCCCAGCUGGUACAGCAACAUUCCCUCAAAUUUGGUCUGUACUGGCAAAUGAUCCUGUUUUUGAUUCUCCACUUCAAUUUAAUCCAUCAAGAUAUUUGUUAGAUGAUGGGAAAACAACAAAUAAAGUAAGUAAAUUGAAUUGAGAACAAAUAAAACGAACAUAUAAAUAUAAUUUCAGACAGUUCUUGAUCGUUCAAUUCCAUUCAGCAUAGGAAAACGAGCUUGUGUUGGAGAAGGUCUUGCACGAAUGGAAUUAUUCCUGAUUUUUAGUGCUCUUCUACAAAAAUAUGAAUAUGUUCCUCUUGCGCCAGUUGAUAUGUCACCACAAAUGGGAGGUGUUUUGACAACGAAACCGUAUCGUCUAAAAUUGGUUGAAAAUUUCUGA